GAAAGCAUUUACAAUGGCUGACGAUGACGUUCUAUUGAAGGUUUGUCAACAAGAAAUCGUAAAAUUGGAUUUGAAAAUAAAGGCUUUUGUCCAGGAUGUGAGACAGAGUGUAAACAGUUUGAAAGAUCUGCAAACGAUCAAUGUUGAUAUUAGAAAUCUAAUACAUCAAUAUAAACAACAACUAUUAACUCUUGAGAAAUUGGCCUACGAACAAGAUGCUGAAGAUGAUAAAACUGCUCUACUAAAAGAAGUAGAAAAUCAUAAAAAACAAUUGUAUAAUAACCAAAUUAGUUUACGUCAAGCCAAUCUGUCAUGCAAAAGUAAAUUGGAGAUAGCGGAAAAAGAACAUCUGUUAGAGAAUAAUGAAAGUACUAGAAAACGUAACAUUGAGGCGGAAACUUCCGAAACAAUAACUCAAAAUUUAAUGAAAACAUGUAAAAUGUUAUCUGAUCAAGUAGAAUUGAGUAAAGAUACAUUAACAACUUUGGCAAGUAGUUCAAAGCAGAUUCAAGAUACAAAUGAAGAGUUAAGAUUUAUGACUGGUUUAAUUCACAACAGCAAAAAUCUUUUAACAAAGUACGGCAGAAGAGAAUGUACUGAUAAAUUACUUAUAUGUCUCGCUUUAAUAUUCUUCUUUGCUACUGUAUUAUAUAUUGUGAUGAAACGUCUAUUUUAA